AUUAAUAUUGUUGUAUUAAUGGUUGUAUUGUGGUUGUAGAUUUCAUCUAGGACAAGCAUGGUGGCGAAAGAUAAAUAGUGAAAGUGAACUUCGAAACGCAUACAAAAAUCCUGAAGAUGACCUAGGAAAUUGGCUAAAGAUGUUUUUUGGUCUUCAAUUUCUAGACCAUGACGAAGUUGAAGAUGCAUUUGUAGAGUUAAUCGCUAUUUGUCCAAAUGAAGAAAUUGGUCACAUUUUUUCGGAUUAUGUUUUAAACAAUUACAUAGAGCCUGGGUGUCCAUUCAAUACAAACUUGUGGGCAAUGAAACCUUCAGAAAAUCCCGGGACUACUAACUCUGCAGAAAGCUUUCACAGAACAUACAACAGUCAAUUUUACAGCUCUCAUCUAGCAAUAUAUAUAGUUAUUAAAAUUCUGAUUGAAACUCAAGCAGAAACAGUAUUGCAAAUAGCUACGAUAGAACAGGGUAAAAAAAAAGAAACGCCAAUAAAACAAAAGGAUAAAAUACUUGAUAUUCAUAGUAAAUAUAUGUGGUAUCUGGGAAAUAAAAAUUCUAAUAAUUUAUUAAAAUAUUUAGAGUAUGUUGGCUUACGCUAUCCUGCUAUAACUGAUAUAUAGGUAAUUAAGUUGUCAUUAUAAAAUAUUAUAUUUAUUUCAUUUUUAUACAUAUAUAUUUCAUUUAAUUUUAUAAGUUCUGUGUUGACGCGUGUUUUAUACAUCAGAGAUGUCAUUAUUAUUAUCUGUAUUAUUAUAUUAUCUUAUGAUCGACAAUAUCGGUCCGAUCGAUGUACAAUUAUUUUACUUCUUUUAGUGUAUGUUAAACCGUGGGUCCAUGUAUAUACGUGUCACCGUGUCCGUUCUCGUAUAUUAUUAAAUAAAUUGUUAAAUUAUUAAAUUAUGUUUAAGUGUUAAACUUGAAUAAAUCAAUAAAAAUACAUUAAGCCUAUACAGUCCACUAAAAAACCAUAACAUAUAUAUAAUAUACACUAUACAGGUAUUAGAUAUUUUUUUAAAUUCCUACAUAAUAUUUAAUAUUUGUUAUUUUUAAUUAGGCGCUUAUUUGUAUACGAUUAUGAUUAUAAAUUUAUGACUUUUUUCAAGAAUAUAUUUUAUUUUAUGUAUAUUGAAUUUUUCAAAAACCAAAUAAAUGAUAUGGCGACGUUGCACGUAAAUUCGUUCUCAAUCGUAUUGUUUUUUGGGUUUUUUUGGGGUCGGCGGUAAGUUCUUUGUUAAUUCUAAGUGUUCUCAAUCGUUCGGCCAAAAAGGUAUAACAUUCUCAAUCAUAUUUUAUUGUUAGAUACGACCGACCUACUAUCUACCUUACUAUCUUCGUUGAUUGUUUUCAUAAUUUCUUUGAAAUUGUUCUCGCUAUCUAAUGAAAUAAUUAAAACAAACUCGGGUUUUCUUAGGUAAAAUAGACUCUCUAUAUCUCCAUUGCUACAUUCAUUUUUAAAAAUCUUCUUUUUCUUCUCGUAAUAAGUGUAAUAACAUUCCUUUUUCAUUUUCAAUUUGCACUAUACAAACUAUAUUCUAUUAAUCUACCCCUUACAAAGAUAAUGCUGCAGAUCAC